UACAUGAAGCAGGUCGUAGAAAUCGUUUAUGGGCUACUGUGUCAACACAGGGUGUGAAAUUACGAUUCAACAGAUCGUAGAAAGUGCAGUUUUGAGUCGCCCCAGUGCAGCCAUGAACUGAACUGGACCUGCAGUGUGUCAGGCGAUGAAAACAAAAGUCACACCGAAAAGAAGCGGAUCCUGGAUUUGAGGGCUCGACCGCGGAGACAUAUAAACAUAAAAGACAUGAAACAUCUCUGAUCAUGACUCGACGAUGCUCGGGCACGUCUCUCUCGCCGCUUCCGUUCUCUGGAUGGGAAAACAUGAGAGAGUUCAUCUGGAGUAGGGUUUUCCCCAGGGCCUUGAUAUGAACGAUCUGAUUCUCCGUUGGCUUUGCCUGCUCAUCCUGAGCCUUCUUCUGUUGUUUUGGUUUGGACACGUGAUCACCCGGGACGGUCCGUCACCUGCUGUGAGGAUGACGGGGAUCGGGGGUUAUGUGAGGAUCAACCCCAGCAGGAUGGGCCAGUUACUGGACACGCACUGCAGCCAGUGUGCCUUGGUCUCCAGCUCCGGUCAGAUGCUCGGAGCCGACGCCGGAGAGGAGAUCGACAAAGUCGGAUGCGUGAUCCGGAUGAACAACGCUCCCACUCUCGGCUAUGAGCGAGACGUCGGGAGCCGCACCACCGUUCGUGUUGUGUCCCACACCAGCGUCCCCCUGCUGGUCAAAAACGAGCGGUAUUACUUCCAGCAGUCGUCCGGGACCACGUACGUGUUCUGGGGUCCCGAACGCAACAUGAGGCAGGACGGGAAAGGACACAUCUUUAAUGUCCUAGUGAAAAUGGCGAAGAAGUACCCCAGCGUCAAAAUAUACGUUGUGACCAGAGACAAAGUUCUGCACUGUGACAAAGUGUUUCAGAACGAAACUGGGAAAAACAGGAUGAAAACGGGGGCGUUUCUCAGCACCGGAUUCUUCACCAUGAUCCUGGCAAUGGAAAUGUGCGACACCAUCCAUGUUUAUGGAAUGAUCGACGACAACUACUGCAGUCGAGCCAAUCACAGCGUUGCUCCUUACCAUUACUACGAGCAAAACCGAAUGGACGAGUGCAAGAUGUAUAGGGUGCACGAGCACACGAAACGCGGCGGCCACCGCUUCAUCACGGAGAAGGCCAUCUACGCUAAAUGGUCGACACAUCACAAGAUAGAGUUUAAACACCCUUCUUGGAGCCUCUGAACAAAUGUACUUUGCAUAAGUGUUGCAGAAUAUUCUGUAUUACCGGUCCACAAUUUUCAUAAGGUUUUAAUUAGAAACAAGGUGCAUUUACCAGUAUUAAACUGCUAAUGACUUACAAGUGUCACCCUAAGUAUUACUCAAUAUUUCUGUUACUUUUAGUCAUAUAUCUGACUUAUAGAGCAGACAAAAGCACUGAACUAGAAGACACUAAAGCCAGUUGCUACCAAAGCUUUUAAUUUCUUUAUACCCGUGCCUUUGACCUUAGCUCUUAUUCUGCACAACGUUUCGCUUUAUGCUGCAAUCUGGGCUUUUUAAUAUAAAGCUACAAAAUGCACCUUUAUUCCCCGAGACGGGGUUAAUUCUUUUCCUUACUGCUCCAUCUAUCUAAUCUAAUUGGAUUCCUGGAGAACCAGUGCAAACCACACACUGUGGUGAAAGCGAGGUAUCCUGAGCAACGAAAGGAGGAUUUCGUUGUUACUUUUAAUGGAUUUGGCUCAAUACCAGAAGCACAGAAAUGAUUUGUUGUUGUGUUUUUUUGUGUUCAUAAAGAUUUACCCAUUACACAUUUCUGCCUGUUUACAUUUAAAAACAUAGGGCUGCCUUUUUAUUUCUUUUAGUGGCAUAAUGCUUCUUUUUGCGACCAAUUUCCAAAGACUGCAACAGUAUUUGCACUACUGAACGAGUAUUUUGCUAAAAAAAAAAAAAAAAAAAGAGUAGUUUGAACUAAAGUGUAUUCCUAAUGAGGUUUUUAGGAAACGUAACGAGGAAAAACUUGAAUGUAAACCUGAGCACUGGUCACUGCUAGAGUGGCAACAUGAAUAAACCUGCUGUCAGAUAAA